AUGUCUCGAAGAGCGAGUCUACAUCUACAGCAAGAUGUUACCAAUAGCAGUAAUACAUCCGUGCACCAUAUUAUCAUUGAAACAAGGCAUCUUGCUGGUGAUGGGGAAUCUACGACUACCUAUGUAUCCGAUAACCAAAACCCAUCAUCGAAUGACCGGCGGCUCUCUAUUGCUGCUUUACAGCUUUUGGAUGAGAUCGACCAACAACAGCAACACCACCCUUCACCAUCAUCACAGCCAACCAGUCGACGUAGCAGCAUGAGCCACCAUAUUAUUGUUGAGACACCCAAUUCGCCUGGUGGUCGUAAUAGUAGCAACAUCAUCGUGAAUACACCUGGGAUGACCGAUUACACGACGUAUGCGCCAUCACCAAGAGCAGCCGAUUUUUACAGCAAUCGAUUUUUCAGCAGCAGUACGGUGAUCAACAAUCGGUCAUCCAUGCCACCGGAUACGGUGUUGGAAGAAAGCGAAUUUGAUAUCAUGUCCUAUGAAAAGGGAAAAACAAGAGCCUAUCAAAGUGGUGUCGAUGAUGAUUAUGAAGAGUGUAUGCAGGACUCAUGCUCAUGUCACCAUCAUCGUCAACAUCGUUGCAGCCAAACAUGUUCGGAUACGCCAUCACCGGAGCCAACGAAUAGCCACAUUGAUGGCGUUGACGAUCCCAAAAAGGAGGAGGCCAACAAGGGGAACAAAUGGAAGCAAUACAUGAAGCGGAUCCGUGCUGUGGCGAUCUCAUACUUUAUCAAGUACUGGUUCUUGCUUGGUCUUGGUCUUAUGAUUGGUCUUGCAUGGCGAUUCCCAGACCUAGGCAAAACGCAUGGCCUGAUCCAAGCACAAUACACUGUCAAAUGGGGAUGUGUGAUUAUCAUCUUUUUGUUAUCAGGUCUUGGUUUGGAUGUGCGUGUCAUGUUCAAAACCUUUCUCCAGUGGCGUCUUCAUCUCGUUGUUCAAGCCAUUAAUUUUCUGGCAAUGCCGUUUCUCAUGUAUGGCAUUGUACUUAUUUUUAUCACAUCUGGAGCAUCGCUUAAUACAGAUGUGUAUAAGGGGUGGAUGAUCGCCCUUUCUACAAGUACGACCGUUUCUUCAAACGUCGUCAUGACCCGCAAUGCAAAAGGAAACGAUGGCGCAGCCUUAUUUAAUGCCGCCCUUGGUAAUGUCAUGGGUAUUUUUGCUUGUCCAGCACUCAUGUCAGUGUUCCAACAAGAUCCACGUGUAUUUCCACCAGGAACGCCAAGGGGCAAUCCAGAUUACUUGAAUGUCCUCAAGACGCUUGGAUUCACAGUGCUAUUGCCACUUGUGGUGGGUCAAAUCAUUCGCUUUUACUUUCCUGAUCCCAUCAAAAAGACGGCAGCCAAAUUGAGAUUUCCCAUCAUCAAUAAUAUUGCUCUCCUCUUCCUUGUGUGGUCGGUGUUUUGCGAUGGCGUGGCAAGCCAUGCCUUUGAUCAUAUGUCGGCCGUUGAUAUUGUUGCUAUGAUCUUUGUGGAUAUCUUCAUGUACUUGUUUGGCUGCGGAUUAUGCUUGUUUGUAGCUCGUGUGCCAUGGCCAUUCGCCUAUGAACCACGGUGGAUUAAAAAAUGGAGGUUUUCACGUCAAGAUUCAGUAGCUAUUAUGUAUUGUGGAGCCACCAAGACAGUGUCCAUGGGUAUCCCUUUGAUCAAUGUCAUCUACUCGUCAAGCAGCUAUGGUGUUGUUGGCGUUCUCUCAUUACCAUUACUCAUGUAUCAUGUCAUGCAGUUGUUCCUUGGUAAUGUUCAGGUGCAAAUGCUGAAGAACUGGAUUCAAAAGCAUCCACCACCACCCAUUGAAACCAACGAGAAGCAUCAACAAACGAUGGACGAGCAAGAGAUCAUUAAUGAUAAUAUUAGUAGCCAUGAUCCAUCUCAUCAUCCACCCAAACCUGUAUUACCUGUGUUCGUAUCCUCAUCACCCUCACACCUCAAUAGGCAUUCCCAAAUAAGUCAAUAUUCGGGUAUCGAGGCAAACAGUAGCACAGCCACAGUGAGCGCAUCUACCGUCUACAGCGGCAUGAACCGCAACAACAACCAUUAUUGA